AUGGGAGCACAGCCGCCGGAGUCAUUCACGGCGACAACGUACGAGUCCGUGGAAGGCGGCCAGAACAAGACGCGGCUGGACAUCCACUCCAGGGAGGAUGAGGGUGGGAUUCAGAUCGAGAAGAUCCAGGAUAAGGUCGAGGACUCCGCCGGCACCGGCGGCCCCGUUUUCGGCGCCGGAAAGGACGAGAACAAGGACGAUUUAGGCGUCACUGGCACAGCUGCUUAG